UCCAUUCCGGCCCGUGCCUGGCACGCGGCGCUGGCAGCACUUGUGCGUUUUUUGGGAUUGUUUGGUACUUUUACCGUUUUAUUGCGGAAUAUUUUGAAAGUUUGCAUUAUACUCAAUAUGUUUCGUAAUAUUACCCGCAAAUUAAUUAUUCUAAGUGAUUAAUUUUAUUUCAUGGAAAAUUUUGCGAGAGUCAACCGAAUUCAGUUUUAUCUCAAAGUAACCACUGAUUAUCAUAAGAUAUGCAAAACCCUUUAGGAUGCAUCAGUAUUUUCCCCGUGAUAUUACUGCUACUUUUUCCAGCUCUAAGAGUCGGUACGAGUGCAUUCCACGAUAUUGUGGCAAAAGAAGAAUACAUCGACAGAUCGAUAUUUUUAGAAUAUUUCAUGGCCGUAUAUUCCCAGCCGGUUUACAUAACGGCGCCAAGACAGUUCGGAAAGUCGACCCUAAUCAGUAUGAUGGAGCAAUUCUACGACGUGCAUACGUAUCCCAACGGGACGCCGGUAGCCAAUCAGAAAGAGCACAGAAAUUACGGUGUAUUCACCAACGUCUACAAUAGGGGCAACAGACAACUCAAACUAGACAUCGCAAAUUCCAGGGCCUUCAACGAACACUUCGGAAAAUACCCCGUCCUCAAACUCGACUUUAGCAACCUCACCGUCGAAACUCAUAUGCAAUUUUUAAUAUCCCUUCGAUCCGAACUCCAGAAAACCUUCGAAAAAUAUAGGAUCCUUUUAAAUUCAACCAUGAAGCUCCACAAGUACGCCUCCGAGAUCCUGACCGGCAAUUUUACAAACAUAAAAGACGAGCGAAAAUUCCGAACGAGUCUGAUUAUAGGAACAAGUAACCUAACGAAAACUAUAUUCCACCAUUUCGAACAGCGAAAAAUCAUGGUGCUCAUCGAUGCUUUCGACGCACCGGUCUCUAAAUGGCUGGUGAGCGACUGGAAAGCGGUGGAGUACGAAAUCUUGAAGACCCACGAGACAAUGUGCGACUUUAUCGCGAGCUUGUUCCUUAAUUUAAAAAACUUUCUGGCCGCCGGGUUCUUAACUGGUCGCACGCGGCAUGGCAAUAUUUACGCCCACCGCGCUGAAGUAAUUAGCUACAUCCGGUUCACGGAGAAUGCCCGAAUUGCGUCGGCUUUCGCGCUAACCGAAGCGAACGUCGAAAACCUCCUACAGAUCCACGCGUCAUCGAAUAUUAGCCUCAAGAUGCUAAAACAUUUUUUCGGUGGCUACGCCGUCCAAAAUAGCCCAAAUCUCGUGCUCAAUACUAAUUUAACAAUCGAAAGCAUAAAAAAAGAUGAUCUUGUGGCACCGCGGGAUUUAGAUCACAAGGGUUUCUCGCACGCCUUGAGAUUCGAUCACGCCGGUCUGGAGAUCCUUCGUGUUUUUGUGGGGGAAAAUGUCACCACAUAUUUGUCCAAUAAGAUCGGUCUUCUUAACCUCAUGGACCUGAACGAUAAUUUCCUGCCUCUUUCGGCGAUCAACACAACGUGGAAGAACUAUUCGCGAGAGAACGUCCAGAGACUUACCGAGUACAUGCACGAUUUGGGGUGCUUUACUACGAAACGUGGGGUUGCCAAAGGGUGGGUUGAGCUCAAGACCCCUAACGUGGAAGCCUUUGAAAGCUUACUUCAGGAAAUGACAAAGGCGGUCAAAAACGAGUUUAACCUUCAAGAGGACGACAUGAAGGCUCUGCAAUACACGUUCUUUAAAUUGAGUGACAGCGCGAGUCGGUUCCAGAAUUUUAUGGAUUCGGUGCAGACGUUGUUCAAAAGUGUGGGGGACGUAGAAGCGUCGAAAAUUCGAGGGGUUUUGUUUUUGGUGUUGGUUCGGACCUUCAGUGUGCACCAGGCUAUUAAUUAUACCAGUGUUCGAGGAGAAGAUGUACAGGAGCCUCUUGUAGGAGGGUUGAAUUUUCUGCUUCCUAUGAGCGAGUCAGGGGUUGUGCUGGAGGUCCAGGUCAAUAGCUCUGCACUGAGUGUAUUUCAACGACUAGUGGAUGAGCAUGAUGCCGGUCAGCGGGUGUCUGAAGCCAAAAAUCGGAUUUUAGUUGGUAUCAAUUAUGAACCUGCGCAUAAAAGAUUUUCGGGUGUAUUCUCGUUCAACAGUGAGAAGCCUAAUACCGAAUCAGUGACCAAACUGUCUAACACAUAAUUGGAUGAGGAGUGCGAGGUGAUUUAUUUAAAAAGUAAAUAGUUUAAAGUUUAGUUAUCAUAAGUUUAGAUAACAUAGUUUUAAGUAUAGUCUAAAGUUUUGAAACUAUUAACUAUUGUGUGUUCCAAAAGUCCAACUCUUCCUCCUCUAAUUUUUGAACCGUUCGAGAUUAAAAAAUGAAACUUUGGGGAAGUUUGCAUUCAUAGGGGACCUCUUCUAUUAUAGGGGUUCUUUAGGGAGGGGGAUAGAAACGCCCGCGAAGUUUUGUUUUUUCAUAUUAAACGGUUCAAAAGUUAGAGGAGAGAGCGGGACUUUUGGAACACCCUGUAUUGGAUCUAUAAAAUGUGUGUGUUGUUUCUCUAAUUUAGGCUCAAUUAUGUCUGAAUCCAUCCACUCCUAACAUUUUACUCAAUCGCCUAGACGGCUUUUUCGGGUUUUUAAUUUUUGAUUUAAUUAAGAUGAGUUAACGUACAAUUUAUCGGGCAUGUUUGCCCAAAAUUAAACUUUGUGCAAAAGAAUGUAUUGGUGCUAAAAAAUAAUGUGCAAAUGUACGAAAUCAAAAGAAACUGGGGGUUACAAGACCCGUAUGCAUCUUUAAUUCACAUUGAUUAACUUUAUUUUUUUAAUAAUUAUUUUUUGCAUAGAGACAUUCAAAUGAAAUAACUCGAAAAGAACUAUGUCUUUCCUUAA